GUAUUAAACAUUACGGCUCUCACAGGACAGGAGGCAAAUCUUAACUGCUCAGUGCCCUUUCCAUGCCCUGAAACACCUCCUGAAAUCACAUGGUGGAUCAAGCAAAAUGAAAAAAGCAUCAAAUUGAAAAAGAUUACAUUUUCAACCUCCGAAGGCUUUUACGUCGCAACUUUGACCUUUAUGCCAACCCCAGAUUUACACAAUGCAACUAUUGAAUGUGAAGCGAGAUAUGGAAACACAAUCAUCAGUACCAGUAGGACCAUAGAAGUGAUUAGAAUAAAUGAAUUAAAAACAAAUCCGAGAGUCAGUCCAAACAACAAAGACACUACUGAACAUCGAGAUCAAACCAUAAAUCCUACAGAGUCACAGAAUGCCACCGGAAAUAAUACAGUUACAGGUGUGAAUAACAUGGACCAAAGUCACCCUAUAAAGAAAUUUUUUAAGAUUCUGGAGAUAUCAACAUCAAUACUCAUGUUUUUGGCGGGAAUCGCAAUUUCAGCAGUCAUCUUCUCUGUGGUGUUGUGUUGUUCGGUGUCUUGCAACAGAUCCAAAAAAACCAAAGUGCUGGCUGCACCCCCAGACUCUGCAGUGCAUUUGGAGACGGUGCAGACGAACAUAGAUUCAGCUGUGAACGGUGAACAGACCAAUGAAGAGACGCCUCUUCAAAACCAAUUUGACGUAGAGAUGUCAAGCACACAGGUGGAGAUGACAGGUCCAGCAAAGGACAGUGAAGCAGGUGGGGCAGAUGCAAAUGUUGAUUAUGCCGCAAUCGAUUACUCGCUUCUGAAGAAGAAACAACCUGAAGAGAAAGAGGAGGAGACAGCCAACACAGACUAUGCCGAGAUCAAAAGGGAUACGAAAGGAAGAAAAGCCCCCCAGGAUCAAGAUGAUCAAGUUGAAAUAUCUAAUGAAGGAUCCGAAAACCAGAAGCAGAAUGAGCGUGAGGAGAGGCUUUUUUGAAAUUCUCAGGAACUGGAAAUUUUGGCAUAAGGAAGUAUGCAGUUGUUUGCAAUGAGCGUUUUAUGAACUUAAAAAGCAUUUCACAUUUAUUUUUGACAAAAGGUUUGAAUUAUCUUAGCUGUGCAUUUAGUGUAAGAAUAUGUUAAAGAGGGAGGGUUCACCCAAAAAAACAUUAUUUUGACAUUAUUUAUUCACUCUCAUGUCAUUUAAACCCUCAUUUCUUCUCUUUGUUCUUAUAAACCCAAAUAUUUUUAAAGUGUUGUUUUUGGUUUUUUGGUUAUUAUGGGAGUGGUUGGUGACAAAGACAUAACUUUAAAAGAACCCC